GCAUUAAUCCGCAGCAUGUGUCGCCACGACGAUCAACUCCGACCAACAUUCAGUCAAAUCCUGAAGCGAGCACGCAAAUUCGUCAGCAGCCCAAACUAUCCCGCUCGAGGGCUCCGUGAAGCUCCCGCUAGUGAUCCGCGGUAUGUAUCAGGACCCUAUCAUCUCCGCCUACCGAGUGGUUACAAAGGAGACAAGUAUCCCUUGGGACUCGCUUUGAAUACCGUCCCGAUGGACACUUUUCUUGGUUCCGACGGCAGGUUGCCUUCUCCACCUGCUUCGCGUGGUGAUGUUGGUGAUGAUGAGGAUAGUAUCAUGUCUGACGACCUGGGAGGUGGACCUGCUGUUUAUGGACGACCUCAUCUUGCAGCAGAUGGAUCGGUUUAGGGAGUUUACCUCUUUUAUCACGCUAUGGCUUGGUCGGCUGGUUACAGGUUGGUUUGAUUGGAGGAUUAUCACCCGGCCCCCUUUCCUUGGGUCUUGGAAGAUAUAAUAUUCCGUGCUUUGACACCUUUACUCCC